GCCCAGACGGCCAGUGACCGCGGUCGGUGCCCAGCCAGCGAAGCGGGAGCCAUGCCUGUCCCCGCUGUAUACCUCAGCGACUCCCCCGCCGCGGCCUUCUCAUCCUCGGCCUCGCUUAUCCCGCCGCCACCGAUAAACACCCAGCAGCCCGGUGUUGUCACCUCGCUGCUGUAUAGCGGCUCCAAGUUCAGGGGCCACCAGAAGAGCAAAGGGAACUCUUACGACGUGGAGGUUGUUUUGCAGCAUGUCACAAUGGAGGAUUCCUACUUGUGUGGCUACCUGAAGAUAAAAGGACUGACUGAGGAAUACCCAACUCUGACCACGUUUUUCGCUGGAGAGAUCAUCAGCAGGAAGCGGCCAUUUCUCACCAGGAAAUGGGAUGCAGAUGAAGAUGUGGAUCGAAAGCAUUGGGGCAAGUUCCAGGCCUUCUACCAGUAUGCAAAGACAUUCAACUCUGAUGAUUUUGAUUAUGAGGAUCUGAAGAACUCUGACUAUAUUUUCAUGAGGUGGAAGGAGCAGUUUCUGGUCCCAGACCAUACAAUCAAAGACAUAAGUGGAGCUUCCUUUGCUGGAUUCUACUACAUCUGCUUCCAGAAAUCCACGGCAACGAUCGAGGGCUACUACUACCACAGGAGCUCUGAAUGGUACCAGUCUCUAAACCUUACCCAUGUUCCCGAGCACAGCGCAGCCAUCUACGAGUUCCGGUGACCCCGGCCGGCAUUGUGGAUCUCUAAUUUUUUUUUUUUUUUUGAUGGACAAAGACUUGAGGCACAGCAGAGGUCUGUGGAUGCUACUGAGGAGGAAAAGGAGAACAACUAGGGAUGAGAAAUUGGGCAAAAUGUUACAUGAUCUCAAUAACUGGAUGGACAGCUGGUUGAUCAGUGGACGGGACAGGACACAUGAAUGUAUGUAUGGAUGAGACGGGAAGAAAGAGCAGCUCUGUUCCCUGGCUGGAGCUUGUAAAGUUAGAACCAGCAGCAGAGACUGGGUGUGGUUCAUAUUGUGUACUCUUCAUUUGUUUUAACGUCUGUUUUUAAAAAAAAAAAA